UUACUCUCCCCUGACAAACCUUUAUUGCCGCACACCAACUAGUAACCGGUGCGCUUGGUGGCGGUUUGGAGACUUGUGCCGAGUUGCGGUACUGCUCCAUUCUGCUUGAGGCCAUGUCUGGAGGGGCAGCAGCAGCCACCAGCAAGGGCAUCAUGGGCUUCUUUGCAAAUCGGGAGGCGUGCUUAGUUGACUUCGGUGGUUCUGCAGAGAGCGUGAUCGACAUUCACGUUCUCUGUCACGAGGCUCGUGGCAUGGAUUUGAGCCCUGGAGAGCAGAUCUUUGUCUCCCUGCGCGAUGCCACGCGGUCGGAUCCAGAGAAGCUCACCAUGCCUGGUACCUCCUGGCAGUUGAGGGCGGUGAAGCAGGAGGCCAUCCUGCAGCUCCGUGCGUGGGCGGCUCCCAAUGAGGAGGUUGCUCGGAACGGUGGUGACCGGCGGGCUUUAGGGGAGCUCAGGCUUCCAAUGGCACACCUGAGAGCUCUUGGCUUGAAAAUGCUCUACCAGACCUGGAUCACCCUGGAUCCGCCCGAGGCAGCAAACCCAGGCUUCUCCCCUGCAGACUUGGAGCAGAAGAUGAGCGACGGGUGUCGACAGCUCUUCCAACCCAAAGUGUGCCUCUCCCUGUGCAAAGCAGAGGACGUGGAGGGUGGCAAGAUCACCCUAAGCUUGGAUGUCUCCAACGAUCUCAAAGCAGAGUGCUGGAGCCGCGAAGCCAUGACAUUUUUCCUGCUUUGAUUCUUGAUGGAGGUGCGCUGCUGCGAUCUCAAAUGCAGCAUUUCACCAUGAGCACCACGCUGCACCAACAGGGCGUGAAGGCC